AUGUUCCUGGGUAGUACGAUGGCACUCAAGUUACUGGGGUUACUAUCUGGAGAGAUAUCAUCUCAUCUCACCUUUCCACAACUUAGGCUUGAGGACAUUGCCAGGCCCCAAAUCUUUUUGGAAUACUCACAAACGUCACCGCAUGAAGCAGAUGUCAGCUUUGUCGGGGUUUCCUUUACAAGCACUGCGCCGAGAGGUCUGAUUUGUAAUCUUGCCGAGGCCUCCGGGACGAACACCUACAUACCCGAGCUCUCUUCCCGUAACACGAGAAGCUCCACAACCAUCCACUCUAGGAGUUGGCCCAGGAUAAUGCCUACUAAUAUGCGUGGUGCUUUCUGGUGUGAUCGGCUGUGCAGGGGAUAUAAGUGGCUUGAAUAUCUGGAAGUCCGUCUAUCUUCAGCGGCGCAACUCGACCAACCGGCAACAGUGAAAAACACCCAAAUAUCAGAAAUGGAAGAAGUGCAAGCACAAAAACUGGGUGGACAUCCUCUCAAUCGCAUUGAUCUUUGCUCGCUAUCCAUUGGCAACAAUUGUAUACCAUUGCGGAAAUUGUCUUCGGAAUUUAGAGAUGUCAGAGGGACACUCUGGCCCUUGGUCAUACAAAGCUCGAUGGAAACAGUCAACCACAAGGAGAGGAACGCGCUAUUAAGAGAACCAAAAAUUGGGUUGACACGGUUUUUUGUGGAACUCCUUCAUGAAACUUUGGCAUCUCUCGGUUUAUCAGACGCAUACUUGCUUUAUGACGAUAGGGACGGGGAUCGUAGACACACUCAACAUCUGUUGCAAAAUCCUGCUUCGAACCAGCUAAUAUUGGUAUCCAGAGGAAACACGGGUGUUUCGCGUAAGAGUGAGGAUGCCUUGAAGAUUCUGGUGAAAGAUAUCAAGAAAUUGCCAACUCUAAACCGAGCGAAGGGCAGAAGCGUUCCGAGCGAGUCAUCGAGGGUUACUUUGCCCAUUGGAGAUAUUUCCGCUUUAAUGCCCCCAGGGUCUAUAGACUAUUGGUUUAGAGGAGUAUAG